CUGUGUUUCUGUGCUAUAGAACUCAGAGUGUAGUUAAACACUGGAGAUUUUGCUGUAACUCACUAAAGAGAAGAAUCUACUCUUACUGCUGGAUUCUGAUCUGACGAGUCAAGGUUUAAACAACAAGCUGUUUUUGUGGCACAAUGAAGGUUUAUCAGAGCAUCUUCUUACUUUUCAGCUGCCAGUUCUUCACAAUCUGGAUUCCUCUGUCCGUGUUUUCAGCUUUAGACUGUACUGUGAUGAGCAGUAACCUGAAGCAGAUAGACACUGGGUUGGGUUCAGUGCUUGGCGUGAAAAAUCAGAACGAAGUGUUUGUUCUGCUUGAUAAUGUCUUCACAAAGAUCAGUGGGUCUUUAAAGCACUUCAGUGUCGGUCCUGCUGGUCAGUUGGGGGUGAAUGUAGCAAACAACAUCUUCAAGUAUCAGAGCGGUUCCUUCGUUCAGUUUCCAGGGCUUCUUAAACAGGUGGAUGCUGGAGGUGAUCAGAUCAUUGCAGGUGUCAACAUGAAUGAUGACAUAUUCUGUUUAAAUAUGGAUGCUAACAACAAAUGGCCAUCCAGCAAUACUCCUUGGUUUCAACUUAAUGGAAAGCUGAAGUAUUACAGCUGUGGGCCGUACAGCUGUUGGGGAGUGAAUGGCAAUGACCAAAUCUACAUCCUAAGGAAUGUGUCUAAUAAUGUCUGUUCUGGGUCUGGAGAAUUUAUGAAUAUUCCUGGACUUCUCUCCAUGGUCGAAGUAGCAACUGAUGGCAGCGUCUUUGGUGUCAACUAUCAAGGGAACUUGUAUCAAAGAAUUGGUGUCACUCGCUCCAACCCAGUUGGCACAGACUGGCAAUCAAUGGCUGUCUGUCCCAAUGGCCACAAGCAUGUGAGCUUUGACCUGGGAGUGCUGUGGGUCGAUUGUGUUGAUGGCUCCAUUCGUAAAUGCCCUUUAUAAUGUCACUGCCGAAACAGUAGCUCAGUCACUAAAAUGAAACCUCAACGUGACUAGUCAUUAACAGAAAAGCUUAAUACUUGCUGUUGAACCAAUAAAAUCUUGA